CAAUUUUUAUCCAUCAGUCAUCUAUUUUUUUUUCCCCGAGAGCAAAUUCUACUAUCCGUUUGAUGGUUGUAGAUUUAGUACUCGGAUUAGCACCUCAAGACGCCACAGCACAUAGUCGUUAGCCAGUGCUAGCAAGCCAUGGCGGAGGUCGAGACGCGCCACCUAGGCGAACGGUCGCCGAAUGAGGUUUCCAUCCCUCGCUCUCCGCGCCGCGACAACGACCGUGGCCGACCUCGAGAUGGCGGCGACAAGUACAGACCAGCACGCGAUAGGGGCCGUCGCUCGCCACCUCCCCGACAACGAUCGCCUCCUCGUCAGCGUACGCCGCCGAAGAUGCCUACGGAGGAGGAGAAGCAGGCGGCCGCGAAGGCAGAGUAUCAGAAGCUUCUAAAUAUGCGAUCGGGCGGAACGUACAUCCCGCCCGCGCGCCUCCGAGCGCUGCAGGCCCAGAUCACGGACAAGACGAGCAAGGAAUACCAGCGCAUGGCUUGGGAAGCAUUGAAAAAGAGCAUCAACGGUCUCAUCAACAAGGUCAACGUCUCGAAUAUCAAGCACAUCGUCCCGGAACUGUUCCAAGAGAAUCUGGUCAGAGGUCGAGGAUUAUUCUGCAGGAGCAUCAUGAAGGCGCAAGCUGCCAGCUUGCCCUUCACGCCGGUACUGGCGGCUAUGGCAGCUAUCGUCAACACCAAGUUACCCCAAGUCGGCGAGCUGCUGGUAAAGAGAUUGGUCAUGCAGUUCAGGAAGGCUUUCAAGCGGAACGACAAGGCGGUGUGCUUGUCCUCGACGAUGUUCAUCGCGCACCUGGUGAAUCAGCAGGUGGUACACGAGAUGGUGGCCGCUCAGAUCCUGAUCCUCCUGCUGCAAAAACCGACAGACGACAGCGUGGAAAUCGCCGUAGGUCUGACGAAAGAAGUAGGGCAGCAUCUCGAGGAGAUGAGCCCGGCGAUCGCGAAUAUCGUCUUCGACCAGUUCAGGAACAUCCUGCACGAGGCGGACAUAGAUAAGCGGGUGCAGUUUAUGAUCGAGGUACUGUUCCAGGUACGCAAAGACAAAUUCAAGGACAACCCCACGAUCAAGGAGGAACUGGACUUGAUCGAGGAAGAGGAUCAGAUCACGCACCGAGUCGAGCUAAGCGCCGACCUGGACGUACAAGACGGGCUCAAUAUCUUUAAAUUCGACCCGGAGUGGGAGGAGAAUGAGGCGGCGUAUAAGAGAUUAAGAGCUGAGAUUUUGGGAGAAGGCAGCGACGACGACGAAGAUGAUGACGAGGAUGAGAGUUCCGACGAAGAGGAAGAGGAGCAAAAAGCUAUCGAGAUCAAGGAUCAGUCCAAUACCGACCUAGUGAACCUCCGCAAGACCAUCUACCUAACCAUCAUGAGUAGUAUGGAUCCCGAAGAGUGCGUCCACAAGCUUCUGAAAGUCAGCCUACCUCCCGGACAAGAGGCGGAGCUACCUUCCAUGGUGGUCGAGUGCUGCAGUCAGGAGAAGACUUAUUCCAAGUUCUUCGGCUUAAUUGGGGAACGGUUCUCGAAGAUCAACAGGGUCUGGUGCGAUCUAUUUACGCAGAGCUUCGAAAAGUACUACGAGACGAUUCACCGAUACGAGACCAAUCGACUACGAAAUAUUGCUAGAUUUUUCGGCCACCUGUUCGGGUCGGACGCCAUCGGCUGGCAUGCGCUUGCUAUCAUUCACCUUAACGAAGAGGAGACCACCUCCGCCAGCCGAAUAUUUAUCAAGAUCUUAUUCCAGGAAAUCUCCGAAGAGCUCGGCAUGGCAAAGUUGCAGGCGCGAAUGCGAGACGAGACGCUACAGGAAAGCUUCACAGGCCUAUUCCCCCGCGACAACGCCCGGAACGUGCGAUUCUCGAUCAACUACUUUACCAGCAUCGGCAUGGGCGCUCUGACGGAGGAGAUGAGAGAGUACUUGGCGAACAUGCCGAAGCCGGCUCUUCCCGCACCGCCCGCCGCGGACGACUCAGACUCCGAUUCGGUGUCCAGCUACUCGUCAUACACCGGCUCUUCCUACUCGUCCCGCUCUAGAUCUAGGUCUCGCACGCCGCGAAGAACCCUCGAUAGGGGUCGCUCGACGUCACGAACACCGCCGCGACGUGGCCGAUCGCUGUCGUAUAGCAGGAGCAGGAGUCCGUCGCGCGCCCGCUCGUACUCUCAAAGCUCGUCGCGGAGCCCAUCCCCGCGGAGAACUAGCAAGCGGUACUCCGCUUCCCCCAGCCCUCCCCGCGGCCGCCGGAGCUCCAACUAUUCUCGGUACAGGUCGGUGACUCCACAACCUGCACGAGGAGGAACUACUAGGGCCCGCUCGUACAGUCGCGAUCGAAGCUCUAGCCGAUCCCGCUCGUACACACCUUCGCGAAGCCGCAGUCCGCCCCCGCGCAGGGUACCCGCGACGAGACGAGAUUCAUACUCGGCUAGCCCACCUCCCCGUCGACAGCGCCGCGUCUCGAGCUAUUCCCGUUCCCGAUCGCCGCCCGCGCAGCGGAAUCGCCCUUCGCGGAAGUCGCCUUCUCCACUACCCGUAAGGCGGCGUAGGAACACGAGCUCCGUCAGCAGCGCACCUCGGAAGAGACCUCGGUACGAUAGUCGGUCGCCUAGCCCGGCCGGCGCGAAGAGAAGACGGUAUAGCUCCAGCUCAAGCCGGAGCAGGUCGAGGUCGGGGUCGCCGGCACACGCUAAAAGAGAUGUCAGGAACAGAGGCCGAGAUAGGGAUUAAGCUUCUUAGCCGUCUAGAAAAGGGGGCAGGGGUAGCGGCUCAUAGGAUGCAAUGAGGUGUAGGUCUAGGUCAAGGAGAUCGCGUUUCAGGUCGAAGAGUUACGAAUCUAACGGACGACGAAGGGAGUCCCGUUGUAGUGUGAGAAGACUCGGUCUAUACACAGCGAGGUUUGUUCUCGAAGCUCGUCGCUUGGAAGGAUAAGAAGGCGGUCUUCCCGUAGCUCUUCCGGUUCGGCCUCGCCUUGCGACGGGAAAAGGAGGCGUAGUUUUUCUAGGGAUUCCGACAGUGCGAUUCCACCACGCCGGUCGGACUCGACGGAUCUCGUCACAACGAUGAAGGACCAGAGAUAAUUAUUGAUGCGGGCAGUCGAAUAUCAACGGAUCGGUAAGCUGACUACUUACGCUGCGAUCUUGGAGCAUUAAUCUCCAGUGUUUUCUCUAAAUCAUCGCAUUUGAAGUAAGCUUGAGGCGUUGCUGGCUGCAACGUGUUUUAUGUAGUGUUCUCAAAUGCGCACCUAAGUAUGUCAUGUA